UUCAUAAAAAAAACUAUCAAGUGACGUCAUCACCUGGUGACCCUGUCUUAAAAGUUUCUGAUAGACAUGUUUGUAAUUAAUGAACAGUGACAGAUUUAACAACACCUGUCAAACCGAUCGACUUCAGUGUAACAUGAGACGCAAUUAAACUACCUGUCACCCUCAUCAGUGACGUGUUUAAUGAGCUGCUUUGCUCUCUUUUUCUUUUGUUAUGUGAGUGACAGGAGAAAGCCCGAAACAAACACUUACACACGAGCUGCAGCUUGAAGGAGAGCACAGCAUUCAAUCAACGAGUUCAACUAUGUCUCACAUUAUAACGUUGCUGGUGGUGACUUUGGUUACACAGUGUUGGGGUUCACCACAGUGGAAAAACUGGACACCUCAGGCCAUCUUGUACCUAAAAGGAGCACAGGGACACCGCUCAGUGUUGGAGCGCACCACCAGAGAGGAGGGAGAGACUUUACAUUUAGUAACUUACAACCAGGGUAGAAAUGGACUGGGAUCAUCUUUGUCAUCAUAUCUUCUGGCUCUUCUGCAGCGAGCCGUAGACGAAGGUGGAGAAAACCCAGAUGUUAAUCCAGAUGAACGAGAGCUGAAUGUGAACUUUUUGUGAAACUAUAUCAAAAUUCACAGUAUAUUUUUUGUUUCAUUUUUGUGUCGCCUUAUACUUGUACCACUUGUUGCUGUUUGAAUUAACUUUCAAUUAAAUGUGCUAUAUGAAUUUCA